CCUGCCCUCAGCCCCGCCCCGCCCUCAGCCCCGCCCCGCAUCUCGGCAGGGCUGUGUAUCCCCGAGGUCUCGCCGCCCUGGGAACUGUGCACGGAGCCAGCGUCUCCCCUCACCCGAACCCACUCAGACCUGGGGGGCCGCACGGGACCGGGCGGCUCGGCGUGGCAAGAUGGCCGCCUUGACAACGGUGGUGGUGGCGGCGGCGGCCACAGCCGUAGCCGGGGCUGUGGCGGGGGCGGGAGCAGCCGCAGGGACCGGCGUGGGAGCCGCCUCGGUGCCGCAACAGCAUGAUAGCAAUUUUGGUACUUCAGGUGGAAUUCGACCUUUUCAUCUUCAGAACUGGAAGCAGAAAGUUAGUCGGACUAAGAAAGCAGAAUUCAUACGCACAGCAGAAAGACUUAAAAAUCAAGUUAUUAACAUAGAAAAAGAUAAACGCAGUCAUUUCUACAACCAAAAAAGUGACUUCAGAAUUGAACAUAGUAUGCUGGAAGAAUUGGAAAAUAAAUUGAUUAACAGCAGGAAGACAGAAAGAGCAAAAAUCCAGCAACAGUUGGCCAAAAUACACAACAAUGUAAAGAAACUUCAACAUCAGUUAAAAGAUGUGAAGCCUACACCUGAUUUUGUUGAAAAGCUCAGAGAAAUGAUGGAAGAAAUUGAAAAUGCAAUUAACACUUUUAAGGAAGAGCAGAGAUUGAUAUAUGAAGAGCUUAUUAAAGAAGAGAAAACAACUAAUAAUGAGUUGAGUGCCAUAUCAAGAAAAAUUGACACAUGGGCUUUGGGUAAUUCAGAAACCGAGAAAGCUUUCAGAGCAAUGUCAAGCAAAGUUCCCAUAGACAGAGGAACACCAAGUACUCUUCCAGAAGAAGUGCUCGAUUUUGAAAAAUUCCUUCAGCAAACGGGAGGGCGACAAGGGGGCUGGGAUGACUAUGAUCACCAGCAUUUUAUGAAGGUGAGAAACAAGCAUAAAGGGAAGCCAACAUUUGUGGGAGAAGUUCUAGAACACCUUCCUGGAAGAACACAGGAUGAAGUUCAGCAGCACGAGAAAUGGUAUCAAAAAUUUCUGGCCCUAGAAGAAAGAAAAAAGGAGUCAAUUCAGAAUUGGAGAGCUAAAAAGCAGCAAAAAAAGGAGGACAUUUUUAAGUUGAAGGAAAAGGCAGAGAAUAUACCUGCGCUUUUUCAUAACAAACAGGAAGAUAAUCAAAAGCAAAAAGAAGCACAAAGAAAGAAACAGAAAUUGGCCAUUGAAGCUUGGAAAAAACAAAAAAGUGUAGAAAUGUCAAUGAAAUGUGCUUCCCAGUUGAAAGAAGAGGAAGAGAAAGAGAAAAAGCAGCAGAAAGAGCGCCAACGUCAGUGUAAACUAAAACUGCUGCUAGAAACGUAUACCCAGCAGAAGAAAGAACAGGAAGAAUUUUUGAAACUUGAAAAGGAGAUAAGGGAAAAGACAGAAAAGGCAGAAAAAAGGAAAACUGCUGCCGAUGAAAUUUCCAGGUUUCAAGAAAGAGAUUUACAUAAACUUGAAAUGAAAAUUCUAGACAGACAAUCAAAAGAAGAUGAAAAGGCAGAAAAACAAAGAAAACUGGCAAAAUUAAAAGAAAAGGUUGAAAACAAUGUCAGUAGAGAUCCUUCUAGGCUUUACAAACCUACCAAAGGUUGGGAAGAACGGACCAAAAAAAUAGGACCAACAGGCUCUGGGCCACUUCUGCAUCUCCCACAUAGGGCUAUUCCAACCUGGAGACAAGGAUUUUAGAAAAGGACAUAGGAUAAUGAAAUUGGCGUUCAGUUGAUGAGAAUAUUAGCAUAUUCAGUAAUAGGAAGAGAGAGUGACUAACCGUGUUCUUUAAAUAUCACUAGCCUAGUCAGAUUGAUUAUUGUGUUGUCUGUGAAUUGGCGAGUAUUAAGUUCCAUGUGGCAUUACCAUUAGUAUUUCCUGUUUAUACUAAGAGGGUAUUUAAUGUAAAAGUUGGCCUGUUAUUGUUGUAAAAAUUCUUUGAAUAAGUUUAUGUUAGAAACACUAUUUCCUUUAAAUACUUUUACUUAGAAAACAUUUCAGAGAUUCUUUGUUUUUGUCAUGGCACAGCAAAAUAAUUUGAGACAAUCAGAGUGACAUUUUUAAACCAAAAUUUUGUAACAUUUAUAAAUGGAGCCAAAUGAGCUUGAAUAACAAAAAUCUAAAGAGUUUUUUUUUUAAGUUAUGAAAUAAGUUAGUGCUUUUUCUAAGUUUAAGAGAUUGGUAGUUUGUCGAAACAUUUUUGUGUAACAAACAUUUUGUAUUGUUUGAAGCAUGCUUUGUUUUAUAUAGAGAAUAUUUAUUUUAAAACUAUGCCUCUUACCUC